CUGGCCUGAGACUCGUAUCCGCCCUUCUGGAUUACAUCAUUUCCUGCUUGUUGCGUUUCACUGGGAUAGUAGAGGAGAGGGAGGGGCUGCUGGGUUAGUAAAUGUGCUUCCUUCCCAGGAGCGAGAGAGACGUUCAUAUACAAGUCCUUGCUGCAAACAUAUUUGAAAUACUACAUAGUAUCAGCUGAGCCUUCUUCUCCUCCGUAGGGACCAGUCCAGCCCUACGUGAAGACUUCAGGAAGCAUGGGAGUCACCUGGACGAUCUCACGGCUGCCUAUUCAGACUACAUUGAUUCUUGCUGGGAGUGUACCGUGGCAGCUUCUUCAGCCUGUGCUCCUCGUUGGUGUUUGAGCUGCUGGGGCUGUCUUACUGUUCGAGCCAGCAGCACGCUGCUGCACCACCCGCUUGGUUAUCGUCACGUGAGUCCCGGUGGGGAUAGUGGGAGAAGGCACCCAGCAGAGAAGAAUAUGGUGUGUCUCAGAUGCCCGUGGCAGAGGGGAAGAGCGUCCAGCAAACAGUUGAAAUCCUAACAAGGAAAUUGGAGCUGCUGGGAGCAGAGAAACAAGGAACAUUUUGUGUAGACUGUGAGACCUACCACACCGCUGCCUCCACCAUGGGCAACCAAGGGCAGGCUGGCAAGCUGAUGUACGUGAUGCAUAACUCUGAAUAUCCACUCAGCUGUUUCGCUCUCUUUGAAAAUGGCCCCUGCCUCAUAGCAGAUGCCAACUUUGACGUCCUGAUGGUGAAACUGAAAGGCUUUUUCCAAAAUGCCAAGGCAAACAAGAUAGAGAGCCGGGGUACGCGGUACCAGUACUGUGACUUCUUGGUGAAGGUUGGCACUGUUACCAUGGGGCCCAGUGCCCGGGGAAUAUCUGUGGAGGUGGAAUACUGCCCAUGUGUGGUAGCCAACGACUGCUGGAACCUGCUCAUGGAGUUCAUGCAAAGCUUCAUGGGGAAUCACACUCCUGGAAUCCCAUCCAUGUUUGGCAACAAGCACGACAGCAUCUACAGCCCAGGUGACACAAUGGCUCAGUACAUGGAACUGUUCAACAAGAUCCGCAAACAGCAGCAGGUGCCUGUAGCUGGGAUCAGAUGAAGAAGACUCCAGAAGACUUUUCUUUUUUCUUUUUAAAGUGACAAUGUCCUCUUUUUUCUGAUUGUCCUCAUGGAUCAGGAAUCCCAGCCCUUUGCUCAGUAAUGUCCUAAAGAUGUCUUCCCCCUAGAGAAAAACACCAUUCAUCUCCAUAUAGCAGGGGUAGAAUCAGUUUUUCCUACCUCCAAGCUUGGUCUCAGAUAUAGAGUGUGUUUCAUCCCUUAUUCAGUGGUUAGCCCAUUGGCGCUGGUGUGUCUCAGUGCAACAGUAAUGCUUGAUUCUGGUGGUAAAUGUUCUUCUGCAGAAGGAUAAAAGUAGAAAAUCCAGCUACAUGCGCAUACAGGCAGGGUUUUAUUGUCUCUCAUUUUCCGUAGCGGCAGGCUGAUGAAUGUGGGUUUUGGGGAUAUUCGUAUGGAAACAUUUUGGUACCACUUUAAUAAUAAUUAAAAAAAGGCUUAUUUUCAUAUAA